GUUUAUAUGUUGACAGUUCGUAUAACCUCAAAACAAACAAAACAGCUGCAUUUCGCCACGGAAUUUUUGCAAUUGGUUGCUGCUGGUCUGGUUUAGUUUUUAUUUAAUUAUUUCCACAAUGAGUAGGAACUAUCAAGAAGAUCAAAACAAUGAAAUUGAAGCUUUGGACUCCAUAUACUGCGGAGACAUGCAGAUUUUGGAAAAGGAGCCAUUCCACAAGUUUCAAAUACCCAUAGCCACCGAAGAAUUUAACAAGGAGACACAAGAGAAUGGCUUGAGUUGUUAUUUGGUCUUCACCUACACUCCAACAUACCCCGAUGAAGCUCCUGUUGUUGAAGUCGAUGAACCUGUCAAUUUUCAGGAAGACUACGAACAACGUAUGUUGGAACAUCUGAAAUCUACAAUCGAGGAAAACAUCGGCAUGGAAAUGAUUUUCACUUUGGUUAGUACCGCUCAGGAAUGGUUAAAUGAACGCUGGGAUGAUUUUAAGAAGGCCGAAGAGGAUGAACGCGAACGUCGUCUACUCGAAGCUGAGGAAGCAGAACGUAAACGUUUCGAGGGAACACGUGUGACCGUGGAAACAUUUAUGAAGUGGAAAAUGGAAUUCGAGGAGAGCAUGGGUAUUGCUGCCAAACGGGAGAAAUCGAACGAUAACAAGAAACUUACUGGCCGGGAGCUGUUUAUGCGCGAUAACACCCUUAACGAUUCCGAUAUUAAAUUUCUCAUGGAAGCCGGUGAUAGCAUCGAAAAUGUCAAGAUCGACGAAAGUUUGUUCCAAGCCAUCGAUGACAUUGACUUGGAUGAUGACGACGAUGAUGAUGAAGAUUGGGUGCCUGGCGAUGAGAGCGACUAAAAUAAAACGCAGUAGCUGUGAGUGUUAUUUAGGAUUUAUGUUAUAUUUUUUAUACAUAUAAAAUUAAUGAAAAUGGGUUUGCUUAAUAGAAAUGCAUAAAAAUUUGAAAAGUACACUAAAUCUUAAAAGAUUACAGAAGAAUGAGAAAAAAUACACAGGAAUUGUACAACAUUUA